ACGGAGCCUUAUCGCUCGUUCUAGAAAGAAUUUUGUUCGCAGUUGUGUAUCCUCGAACGGCAGAUAAGUCGUGGAGCAGUAACGUACGAUCGUAACGAGAAUUCUUUUUAAAGAAAGGCAAUGCAGUGUCUUCAUUUUAAAUGCACUGUCAAUCGUUUCCAUUUUUUUUAAUCCUCUAGAAACUAUAUGUAGAUUUUGGAGUAAAAUUCUUCCCGAGGUAUUCGAUUCCAUUAAAAACGAUUUUGGUGACCGAGUGAGCCGUUGAUAGUCUUUGAACUGUCAGAUCGCGAUCAGUACCUAUUGCCUUCUUUUUUUUUGAAAAUCUUAAUUGCGAGGCGAUGUAAAAAUGAAUUUUUUGCAUUUAGGAGGAACGCGCGACGGGAAUCUCUCAGAAAGAGAGCGAAUCGCCGGUUAUUUAUCACGGGUUUUCACGGGUAAUAUACCGGUACCCGCUCAGCAACGUAGCAAGUGCGAAGAAAGGAGUUUGCUUUUAACGCGCUAUUAAGCGUGUCUCAUGUCUGAAAGAGUCGAGGAUGCCGCUGUUCAAGGCGCGGGCCAUGCUGAGAUCGCCGGUAACGGAGAAAGCUGCGAACGGCGUGUCGCAGUGUCGCAGCCAGCAGCAGCAGCAACAGCAACAUCAGCAUCAGCAUCAUCAUCAGGCCGGCGGUGACAACGGUCAUGACAGCGGUAACGGUACCGAUAGCAGCAACCGGUCGGGCAACGGCGCUGCUCCUCUUCUUCAGCGCGAGCAGGCGAGAUCGCCGUCCCGGGACCCGAAGCCGUCGUCCCUGGUCUUCCACUGCCAGCUGGCCCACGGCAGUCCCACGGGACUUAUAUCGGAUUUCAGUAACGUUCGGGAACUGUACCAGAAGAUCGCCGAGCGCUACGACCUACCCGCGGAAGAGAUCCUGUUCUGCACACUCAACACGCACAAAGUGGACAUGACGGAGCUGUUGGGUGGACAGAUCGGCGUGGGCGACUUCAUAUUCGCACAUAAGAAAGGUCGGCCAAAAGAAAUCGAGCUAGUGAAAACGGACGACGCGCUGGGUCUGACGAUCACCGACAACGGUGCCGGUUACGCUUUCAUAAAGCGCAUAAAGGAAGGUUCAGUGAUCGACAGGAUAAAGGUGAUUGAGGUGGGCGAUCAUAUUGAGAGGAUCGACUCGACCAGUCUCGUCGGCAGGCGGCACUUCGAGGUGGCCAAGAUGCUGAAGGACAUACCGAAGGGCUCGACGUUCACCCUGAGGCUGGUGGAGCCGCAGAAGAACGGCUUCGGCAGCAUCGGGCCGCGCGGUGACCUCAAGAGAGGGAAGAAGACCGGUUACGGGUCCGGCAAGGAGACUUUGAGAUUCAAGGCGGACGGUAGCACGCAAAUCGUAGAGCAGAUCGACGAUGCUGCUGCGAUAGGCGUCGAGAAGAUUAAUACUAUCUUGGAGAGCUUCAUGGGUAUCUCUGAUACGGAGUUGGCCACGCAGAUCUGGGAGCUUGCCGAGGGCAAAUGCAACAGUAUAGACUUCGCCGAGGCAAUAGACAACUCUGACUUGGAGGACUUCGGCUUCACCGACGAGUUUGUGAUCGAAUUGUGGGGCGCCGUGACGGAUGCCAGGGCAGGUCGGCAUCGAUGACGCGAGGAACGACCAAAUGACGGGGUGAUAAUUAGACGAAGUUGAUUUGUGAACGAACACCGAGUGCUUUUCUAACUUGAGAGAAACGAUGUUUAUUCUCGUGAUUCAGAGGCCUACACUCGUCGACGUGCGUUUAGCGUCAGUCGUAAUUUAUUUUUUCGGAAUCUUUUUACGUUAGAGCAAAAAAUAAUUUGGUUUGCAAAUGUUCCUCGAGUUUCUGACAAUGUUUAAUUCUAAAUGCACGGUGACGAUGUAGGCCGAAAUUUGCAAUACUUUAUAUCGUAUAUAUUGUGUCAUAUGGCAAGAACGUAGGCUCAAAAAAGGGAGAAAAAGAAGACAGAGGGAUCUUUUACAGAUUAAAAAUUGUAUUAUUACUAAGUUGUGUGCUGCAAAAUUUCUUCUCUUUUUUUUGCAUUGGAGCAUCGAUCUCGAUUUUUUGUAACCGCAAAACAAUCUUGUUUAUUUAAAUCGAUAUCGAUCUGCAAAAAAUAACGCGGAAAACAAUAUCUAACAUUAGCGAUUAAUAUUAAUUAUUCGGACGAUAGCGUAAACAUAUUGACUGGCGUUAUCAGAUGAUGUCAUCGCGUUGGUAUCGACAUCGAUGAUAUUAUUCUAACACGAGCCGUAUUAAUAUUUAUUAGUAUCCAGACCAACACCCAGAUGUGUUUAAAAAGACAUGAGGGGAGCGUUUGGAAGAUAUUGUACUAGUGAUAACAAUAGAUUAAUAUAUUUCAUUAAACAUAUAAGUUGAUACAUUAUAUGAGCGUAAGCAUGCGAGAAAUGAUAUGUUAUAUUCUCUAGAAAUAAAGUCUUUGUAAUAAACGUA